AUGGCCGAAGCAAUCCUGUCCUCAAUCCUAUCCUCUGCAGUAGAAAAUAUAGGUAAAUUGCUUAUUGAAGAAGGAAACUUUCUACAAGGCGUUCGCGAGCAAGUUACACUCCUUCGUGACGAUCUCGAAUGGAUACAAAUGUUCUUAAGAUAUGCAGAUACGAAACAGAUUGCAAGGGACGCUAUACAACAGUGCGUUCCGAAAUUUAGAGCUGUCGCUUAUGAAGCAAGUGAUUUGGUUGAAGAUUAUGCUUGGAGGGUUUCAAUUUCAAGCAACAAAGGCUUCACAAGUACUCUAAAGAGGAUUUCUCGUAUCGCCACGGAAGGUUAUACCCUUCAUGAUUUGGGUUUGGAGAUUCAAAGUCUCAGAACUAGGAUCUCUAAUCUCACUAAAAAUUUUGGCCGGUAUGUAAAUUUAAUGACCAGAACGGAGGGAGGAGAGUCGAGUGCUCCAUCCAGGCAGCAACAAUUAAGGCAGACUUACCCCUUUGUGGCUGAGGAGGAUGUGGUUGGACUGCGUAAUGAUGUUGAGAAGCUGGUUGAACAUUUGCUGAAUGACGGUGAAAGUACAGAGCGCAAAAUAAGUGUGGCUUCGAUUGUCGGCAUGGGAGGUAUCGGCAAAACCACUCUUGCUAGAAAGGUAUAUCACCAUGGAAGAUCGAAGGAUUAUUUUAAAGGUUUUGCUUGGGUUUAUGUGUCACAACAAUGGCAACCAAAAGUUCUCUUCCAACGCAUUCUACUCAAGCUUACUCCUGAAAACAGAGAACAGAUAAUGAAGAGCGAACAAGAUGAGCUAGCAGAGCUGCUUCGAGAGCACUUGGGAGCUAGGAGAUGUUUGAUAGUCCUCGACGACAUUUGGUCAACAGAUGCUUGGGAUAGCCUAAAAGAUGCAAUCCUAGUUUCGGGGCAUGGAACCAAAAUUUUGCUCACAACUCGUAUUAGAGAUGUGACGGUACAUGUUGAUCCAAAUGGUUAUCGCCAUGAACUGCGUUUUUUGACCGAGGACGAAAGUUGGGAGUUGCUACGAAAGAAAUCAUUGAGGGAGAGAAGUGGUGAAGGUUGUGAAGAUUUGGACAAGCUAGAAGAGUUAGGAAAGAAAAUGUUGAAAUACUGUGGGGGUCUUCCAUUGGCCGUGGUGGUUCUAGGUGGAAUUCUUAGAACUAAAACAACCCUCAGUGACUGGGAUGAAGUGCAUAAGAAUAUCAAAUCCUAUCUGGAUAAGGGAGAAAAAAUUGGAAAAGAAUGA